CGUGUUUCCACGGCUGCUGCCUGGUGGCGCAGGCUGUGAGACCUGAAGCGUGCUGUGCGUGCUCCAUCAUUCUACAAGCGAAGCGAGGGAAAAAGUUACAACUACGAGCUCCUCUUGAAUCCCAACACUGACAAGCAUGUCAGGAGACGACGAACAGCAAGAGCAGACCGUUGCUGAUGACUUGGUGGUCACCAAGUACAAGAUGGGGGCCGACAUAGCAAACCAGGCUUUGAAGACUGUCAUCGAAGCAGCCAAGCCUGGUUUGUCUGUCCUCAGUCUGUGUGAGAAAGGAGACGCUUUCAUCACUGCGGAAACGGGCAAGGUCUUCAAGAAGGAAAAAGAAAUAAAGAAAGGGAUUGCCUUUCCCACCUGUGUGUCUGUGAACAACUGUGUGUGCCACUUCUCACCAAUAAAGAGCGAUCCAGACUAUACGCUUAAAGACGGUGACUUGGUUAAAAUUGACCUUGGAGUGCAUGUGGAUGGCUUCAUCUCCAACGUUGCUCACAGCUUUGUAGUUGGCGCAACCAAGGACAAUCCUGUGACUGGACGGAAAGCGGAUGUGAUCAAAGCUGCCUACUUGUGUGCAGAAGCUGCUCUUCGGCUGGUUAAGCCUGGGAAUCAGAACACUCAGGUCACAGAGGCCUGGAACAAGAUUGCCCAAUCAUUCAAAUGCAUGGCCAUAGAGGGCAUGCUGUCUCAUCAGUUAAAGCAGCAUGUCAUUGAUGGAGAGAAGACUAUCAUUCAAAACCCCACCGACCAGCAGAGGAAGGACCAUGAGAAGGCAGAAUUUGAAGUGCAUGAGGUGUACGCUGUGGACGUGCUCAUUAGCACUGGGGAGGGAAAGGCUAGAGACUCUGGGCAGAGGACCACCGUUUACAAGCGAGACCCCAGUAAGCAGUAUGGCCUAAAGAUGAAGACCUCCAGGGUGUUCUUCAGUGAGGUGGAGCGGCGAUUUGAUGCCAUGCCGUUUACUCUGAGGGCGUUUGAGGAUGAGAGUAAAGCUCGGCUGGGUGUUGUUGAGUGUGCCAAGCAUGAGCUGCUUCAACCCUUCAGUGUCCUGCAUGAGAAGGAAGGUGAAUAUGUUGCGCAGUUUAAAUUCACAGUGAUGCUAAUGGCAAACGGCCCUCUGCGUAUCACCAAUGGGCCUUUUGAACCAGAGCUUUACAAGUCUGAGUUUGAAGUACAAGACCCAGAGCUCAAGGCAUUGUUGCAAAGCUCAGCCAGCCGCAAGGCACAGAAGAAGAAGAAAAAGAAGGCAUCCAAAAAUGUGGAGAGUGCUGCAGGACAACCCGUGGAGGCUGAGAGCGAAGCUGCUGCAUAGACUCCCACUGCCCAACAAGCUGACUGACAGAGCCUCUGCACAGCCCAAAGAACUGAACCGUUAAAGCUAAUUAUGACCUGCCCCACUGAGAGGCCUUCGGGCCAAGCCUUCUGUCUUUUUGAAUACCUCCUCAUUAGAUAUACAAGACUGCUACAGGGUUUGUGCAGUUUACUUGCAAUUGGUUGUCUUUAAAUGAGGCUGCUCUUAGAGAGGAGUGUACCGAUGAGCAGGCAGAUACUGUCCAACCGUGUUUACAGGAGGCGACUGCUGGGGUUCUUUUGACCCUCUCUGUCAUUGUACAAGCCAUCAUGAACAAUAAAAGUGUAAUGGUGGCACUGUUAAGGCAGCAUUGCUGUGAAGUGCCAUUCAUCUCCAUGCAAAUGAGAUCCCUGUUUGAAAUCUGUUAAAGAUUGAGUUUUUGUUUCGUUUUUUGGGAAGUGAUCAUAGUUUGUAUUGAUGACCUGUAAUGAGUCUUUGGAGCAGUAACUGCCUCACCACAACUUGAAUAUAGCAAACAACUACAAUAGAAGCGCUGUUUAUCGAACAGCUUUGAUUUCUGUUAAGAUUACAUUUUAAGCAUUCGUUUUCUAGUAUUUCACAAACUAUAAAAUUGUUUCAAUGUAGAUCUUCCCUACAGGUUAUUAGACUGAAUCCUGAAACCAUUGUUUUUUUUUUUUGGUUUUUUUGACUGAACUGACCAAAUUAUCCUGCCAUUUUGUAAGCGUAUAUCUAAUAAAUUUAAUUAGCCAAUUUAUGGA